ACUGAGCUUCAGUGCGGCUGGGCCGCAGUUCCUCCUCGCGGGCCCCUUCCCGCCCACAGCGCCCAGGCCGGGGCGGCGGCGGCAGCGGCGGCGGGGGUCGGGCGCGCGGCCUCUCCAGCCCGCCGCCCGCCGCGGUGAUCCCGUGGCGGGGCGGGGCAGGCCCCGGCCGCCCAGUUCCUGCUUCUAUAAACGGGGCCCGCGGCUAGCGGCGCCACAGACGCGGGGCCGGCGCGAAGGAUGGGUCCACGCUGCGCAGCGAGCCUGCCCCGGGGCCGCGGCCCGCGGCGCCCGCUCCUCCCUGCCGUCCUCCCGCUGCUUCUGCUCCUGUCGCCGCCGGGCGCCGGGGCCGGCCGGCCGCCCCACAUCGUCUUCGUGCUGGCGGACGACCUGGGGUGGAACGACGUGGGCUUCCACGGCUCGAACAUCCGCACGCCGCACCUGGACGCGCUGGCGGCCGGCGGGGUGCGGCUGGACAACUACUACACGCAGCCGCUGUGCACGCCGUCGCGGAGCCAGCUACUCACCGGCCGCUAUCAGAUCCACACAGGUUUACAGCAUGAAAUAAUCUGGCCCUGUCAGCCCAGCUGCAUUCCUCUGGAUGAAAAGCUCCUUCCCCAGCUUCUAAAAGAGGCAGGCUACACUACCCAUAUGGUCGGAAAAUGGCACCUGGGAAUGUACCGGAAAGAAUGCCUUCCAACCCGCAGAGGAUUUGAUACCUACUUUGGAUAUCUCCUAGGUAGUGAAGAUUACUAUUCUCAUAAACACUGUACAUUAAUCUAUGCUCUGAAUGUCACACGAUGUGCUCUUGAUUUUCGAAAUGGUGAAGAAGUUGCAAUGGGAUAUGAAAAUAUGUACUCAACAAAUAUAUUUACCGAAAGGGCUGUAGCCCUUAUAACUAACCAUCCACCAGAGAAGCCUUUAUUUCUAUACCUUGCUCUCCAGUCUGUCCACGAGCCCCUUCAAGUCCCUGAGGAGUACCUGAAGCCAUAUGACUUUAUCCAAGAUAAGAAUAGGCAUUACUAUGCAGGAAUGGUGUCCCUUAUGGAUGAAGCAGUGGGAAAUGUCACUGCAGCUUUAAAAAGGAAUGGGCUAUGGAACAACACGGUGUUCAUCUUCUCCACAGAUAAUGGAGGGCAGACUUUGGCAGGUGGCAAUAACUGGCCCCUUCGAGGAAGAAAAUGGAGCCUCUGGGAAGGAGGCAUUCGAGGCGUGGGCUUUGUGGCAAGCCCCUUGCUGAAACAGAAGGGUGUGAAGAACCGGGAGCUCAUCCACAUUUCCGACUGGCUGCCAACGCUGGUGAAGCUGGCCGGGGGAAGCACAAACGGCACCAAGCCUCUGGAUGGCUUCGAUGUGUGGAAAACCAUCAGUGAAGGAAGCCCGUCUCCCAGAAUAGAGCUGCUGCAUAAUAUCGACCCAAUCUUUGAAGACACUUCACCAUGUCCUGGGAAAAGCAUAGCUCCAGCAAAGGAUUCUUCUUAUCCCGAAUAUUCAAUGUUCAACACAUCUGUCCAUGCUGCAAUUAGGCACAGGAACUGGAAACUGCUCACGGGAUACCCAGGCUGCGGCUACUGGUUCCCUCCACCAUCUCAUUACAAUGUUUCUGAGAUACCCUCCUCGGACCCACCAACCAAGACCCUCUGGCUCUUUGAUAUUGAUAAGGAUCCAGAAGAAAGACGGGACCUGUCAAGAGACUAUCCCCAUGUCGUCAAGCAGCUCCUUUCCCGCCUGCAGUUCUACCACAAGCGCUCAGUGCCAGUGUACUUCCCCGCACAGGAUCCCCGCUGCGACCCCGAGAGCACAGGGGCGUGGGGCCCUUGGGUGUAGGAUCUCAGGCAACCUGGGCCAGCCAGAUCGCCUGUUGCAAGUUGGACUCCAGGUCUUUAUUCGUGUGGCUCUUGUCUCAUUCGUUCUCCCAGUCUGGGUUCACCCAGGCCUUUUCUUACGCCUAAACCACACUGAGGUGUUCAAUUUCAACCCUUAGGGCAUUUAAGAAGCUGAUAAAAUCUGGAAUGUUCCUGCUGUUGGCUGGGGCAUGUGUCUAGAGGAGAGGGUGACUGAGUUCACCCCUUUUUCCUGAGCUCUGGGACAGCUGGGAACUUGAAGUAGGAACUUCCCACUGAGUCCUGGAGGCUGAAGCAGCUGGCCCUUUUUGCCUCACAAGUCAGAUGUUAGAUUUCCUUCUGCCAAUAGCCCAGUUUUAUUGGAGUGACUCAUAUUUCUUGUUACAAAUAUAGGGAGCAGAGCAUUUUUAAUGGUUCUGUUGGCCAGAGGUUCUCCCGUCUGUGAGAGAACACAUGCAUCAUCCCCUUAGCUCAGCCCGCCCUCACUCUGCCAUCACUCUUCCCACCAGGGAGCAUCUGGCCCAUUUCAUUA